AUGGCGCAUAAAUCAGGACUCACCUCUCCCCCGCCUCCACCCAUCCUCGUCUCAGAGUCGGUUCCAGAGAAGCAGUGGGAAAAUGCCACCUGGCUGGUGACGGAGUUCAUGCUGGUGGGUUUCUCCGCCUUCCCAGGCCUGAGGACCACCCUCUUUGCACUGUCCUUCCUCACAUACUUGGUUACCCUGGGUGGCAAUGUCACCAUCAUCACCAUCAUACAUGCGGAUUGGACCCUUCACACUCCCACGUACCGCUUCCUGGCCGUGCUGUCCCUCUCUGAGACCUGCUACACGCUGGUCACCAUCCCCAACAUGCUGGGUCAUCUGCUCAUGGAGAGUGGAGCUAUCUCCAUCCCUGGCUAUUGGGCUCAGAUGUUCUUCUACCUGGGCCUGGGAUGCACCCACUGCUUCCUCCUUACCCUGAUGGGUUACUACCGCUGCGUUGCCAUCUGUCAUCCCCUGCGUUAUUGGGUGAUCAUGAGACCCACAGUUUGCCUCUACCUGGGAGCCCUGGUUUUCUGCUUCGGGUCCUCGGUGGCCUUGAUCGAGACCAGCCUGAUCUUCUCCUCGCCCUUGUGCCGCAGCGAACGCGUGGAAAGCUCAGCUGCAAGGGGAGUGCCGGCAAAGCUGGCAUUCUUCUUCCUGAGUAUCCUCGUGGUGCUGGUCGCCUUCCUCAUCCUCCUCUCCUACACCUUCACUGUGGCCGCCCUCCUGAGGAUCCCCUCAGCAGCCGGCCGGCACAAGCCCUUCUCCACCUGUGCGGCCCACCUCACCGUGGUCAUUGUGCAUUUCGGCUGCGCCUCCAUCAUCUACCUGAGGCCUGAGUCCAGAGGGAACCCGGACCGGGACAGCCUGGUGGCUGUGUUCUACACGGUGGUGACACCGCUGCUGAACCCGGUGGUACACACUCUGCGCAAUAAAGAUGUGAGGGUGGCAUCGAGGAGGACCCUGGAGCGAAGCCGCGGAGUUUUAAAAAUAAACACUCGUCCUAAGUUCCGGGUCUAGCUUUUUCAUGCACACUUGCCCUGCCUGACACUCAGUUCCCCCACCUGGAAAACAGAGGCCACUCCCAUAACCUUAAAUGAAGUAGCCUGGGGGAGGCAAUUUACAAACAGUGCCUGAGACCCAGCAUGAACUCCAUAAAGCCUGCCCUUUCCCUUCGUUUUCACUUCUUUGACUCUGCUGGGCUGCAAGGCGGUCUGCAGCGCAUGACGGUCACUAGUGGAGGGCGGCCCUGACCCUACCCGGUGCUGGCGGGCAGUGGAGGGCAGUGCUUUACCUAGCAGUGAACAGGGGUUGGCACCCGGUCCAGCAUCCUUUUAUUUUGUCUCGCUCAGAAGUAGUUCACUUUUUUUGGGGGGUGUGUGUGGGGAGAAUGAAUGUUACCAACCAAAGACUGCCUUUAUUUUUCCUGUCACACUUAAAGGAUGUUUUCACGAUUGUUGGCCACCUCUCUCCCCCUUGGGUCUUUUAUUUCUUUGGUAUA